GCUCCCAGCAGCUGCUUCUGCGAUAGCCCGAGAGGAACUCGGUGAGCCCGUCCCUGUUUGUGACUGCAAGCUCAGGAUUUCAAUCAAUGCAUUCCAGUAACCCUAAAGUGAGGAACUCUCCAUCAGGAAACGCACAGAGUAGCCCUAAGUCAAAGCAGGAGGUGAUGGUCCGUCCCCCUACAGUGAUGUCCCCAUCUGGAAACCCCCAGCUGGAUUCCAAAUUCUCCAAUCAGGGUAAACAGGGGGGCUCAGCCAGCCAAUCCCAGCCAUCCCCCUGUGACUCCAAGAGUGGGGGCCAUACCCCUAAAGCACUCCCUGGCCCAGGUGGGAGCAUGGGGCUGAAGAAUGGGGCUGGAAAUGGUGCCAAGGGCAAGGGGAAAAGGGAGCGAAGUGUUUCCGCCGACUCCUUUGAUCAGAGAGAUCCUGGGACUCCAAACGAUGACUCUGACACGAAAGAAUGUAAUUCUGCUGACCAUAUAAAGUCCCAGGAUUCCCAGCACACACCACACUCCAUGACCCCAUCGACCGCCACAGUUCCCAGGUCUUCCACCCCUUCCCAUGGCCAAGCUACUGCCCCAGAGCCCACACCUGCUCAGAAGACUCCAGCCAAAGUGGUGUAUGUGUUUUCUACUGAGAUGGCCAAUAAAGCUGCCGAAGCCGUGUUGAAGGGCCAGGUUGAGACCAUCGUCUCUUUCCACAUCCAGAACAUCUCCAGCAGCAGCAAGGCGGACAGAAGCACAGCCCCUCUGAAUACACAGAUAUCUGCCCUUCGCAAUGAUCCGAAACCUCUCCCACAACAACCCCCAGCUCCAGCCAACCAGGACCAGAAUUCUUCCCAGAACACCAGACUGCAGCCAACUCCACCCAUUCCGGCACCAGCACCCAAGCCUGUGGCACCCCCACGUCCCCUGGACCACGACAGUCCUGGGGUGGAGAAUAAACUGAUUGCUCCUGUGGGCAGUCCUGCCAGUUCCACUCCGUUGCCCCCGGACGGCCCCGGGCCAAACUCAACGCCCAACAAUCGAGCAGUGACCCCUGUCUCCCAGGGGAGCAGUAGCUCUUCGGCAGAUCCCAAAGCCCCUCCACCCCCAUCAGUGUCCAGUGGCGAGCCCCCCACACUGGGAGAAAACCCCGACGGCCUGUCUCAGGAGCAGCUGGAGCACCGUGAGCGCUCCUUGCAGACCCUCAGAGACAUCCAGCGUAUGCUCUUCCCUGAUGAGAAAGAAUUCUCAGGAGGACAGAGUGGGGGGCCCCAGCAGAAUCCUGGGGUAUUAGAUGGACCUCAGAAAAAAACAGAAGGGCCAAUCCAGGCCAUGAUGGCUCAGUCCCAAAGCCUGGGUAAGGGUCCUGGGCCCCGGACAGAUGUGGGAGCUCCCUUUGGACCUCAAGGACAUAGAGAUGUACCCUUUUCUCCAGAUGAAAUGGUUCCACCUUCUAUGAACUCCCAGUCUGGGCCCAUCGGACCUGACCACCUGGAGCACAUGACCCCUGAGCAGAUGGCGUGGCUGAAGCUGCAGCAGGAGUUCUACGAGGAGAAGAGGAGGAAGCAGGAGCAAGUGGUGGUGCAGCAGUGCUCCCUGCAGGACGUGCUGGUCCACCCGCACGGGCCGAGGGCCGUGGGCCGAGGGCCGCCCCCUCCCUACCAGGUGACCCCUGGUGAAGGCUGGGCCCCCGGGGCUGCAGAGCCGUUCUCUGAUGGAAUCAGCAUUUCACAUUCUCUGCCCCCCAGGGGCAUGGCUCCCCAUCCCAACAUGCCAGGGAGCCAGAUGCGCCUCCCGGGAUUUGCAGGAAUGAUAAACUCUGAAAUGGAGGGGCCAAACGUGCCCAACCCUGCGUCUAGACCAGGCCUCUCUGGAGUCAGUUGGCCAGACGAUGUGCCAAAAAUCCCAGAUGGUCGAAACUUCCCUCCCAGCCAAGGUGUCUUCAGCGGUCCUGGCCGAGGGGAGCGCUUCCCAAACCCCCAAGGAUUGUCUGAAGAGAUGUUUCAGCAGCAGCUGGCAGAGAAGCAGCUGGGUCUCCCCCCCGGGAUGGGCAUGGAAGGCAUCAGGCCCAGCAUGGAGGCGAACAGGGUGAUCCCAGGCUCCCAGCGCCACAUGGAGCCCGGGAACAAUCCCAUCUUCCCGCGGAUACCAGUCGAGGGCCCGCUGAGUCCUUCCAGGGGCGACUUUCCAAAAGGAAUGCCUCCACAGAUAGGCCCUGGUCGGGAACUUGAGUUUGGGAUGGUUCCUGGUGGGAUGAAGGGAGACGUGCAUCUGAAUGUCAGCGUGGGACCCAGCCCUCAGAUGAUACCUCAGAAGAUGAGAGAGGCUGGCGCGGGCCCUGAGGAGUCGAUGAAGUCCCGCCCAGGCGGCUCAGACAUGCUGCCUGCCCAGCAGAAGAUGGUUCCCCUGCCAUUUGGUGAGCACCCUCAGCAGGAGUAUGGCAUGGGCCCCAGGCCAUUCCUUCCCAUGUCUCAGGGUCCAGGCAGCGGCAGUGGCUUGCGGAAUCUCAGAGAAUCAAUUGGGCCCGACCAAAGGACUAACAGCCGGCUCAGUCAUAUGCCACCACUACCUCUCAACCCCUCGAGUAACCCCACCAGCCUCAACCCAGCUCCCCCCGUCCAGCGUGGCCUGGGACGCAAGCCCCUGGAUAUAUCUGUGGCAGCCAGCCAGGUGCAUUCCCCAGGCAUCAACCCUCUGAAGUCUCCCACGAUGCACCAAGUCCAGUCCCCGAUGCUGGGCUCACCCUCGGGGAACCUCAAGUCCCCCCAGACUCCGUCGCAGCUGGCAGGCAUGCUGGCAGGCCCAGCUGCUGCUGCUUCCAUUAAGUCCCCCCCUGUUUUGGGGUCUGCUGCUGCUUCGCCUGUUCACCUCAAGUCUCCAUCACUUCCUGCCCCGUCACCUGGAUGGACCUCCUCUCCCAAACCUCCCCUUCAGAGUCCUGGGAUUCCUCCAAACCAUAAAGCUCCCCUCACCAUGGCCUCCCCAGCCAUGCUGGGAAGUGUAGAGUCAGGUGGCCCUCCACCGCCUACAGCCAGCCAGCCUGCCUCCGUGAAUAUCCCUGGAAGUCUUCCCUCGAGCACACCUUACACUAUGCCUCCAGAGCCAACCCUCUCCCAGAACCCUCUCUCAAUUAUGAUGUCUCGAAUGUCCAAGUUCGCAAUGCCCAGUUCGACCCCAUUGUACCAUGAUGCCAUCAAGACUGUGGCCAGCUCUGAUGACGACUCCCCUCCAGCCCGUUCUCCCAACCUGCCGUCAAUGAACAACAUGCCAGCAGUUUUCCAGCCUGAGCAACACAAGAGCCCCAGACAGCAAACAUGUGGAGUUUUCGGCGGACACAACAUCUUUGUAUGUGGUGCUGAGGAUCGAACCCAGGCCGCACGCAUGCCAGACGAGCGCGCUACCGCUUGAGCCAUAUCCCCAGCCCCGAAAAUUUGAAUCUUAAUGCCACUUUCUUUUCUCUCGCUCAGAUCUGUAAUUUUUUUGGAAGUCACAAACUCUUACAUUUAAGAAAAAUCAUAUAAUCUUAAUUUGGCGGUUAAAUUUUUAAUAACACAUGUAAAGCAAAUAGUCUAAAAAGCACAAAAACCAUUUUAUGGCCAAACAUUUCAUGGAGGGAGUUAAAAAAUAAUGUCUAAAGGAAAGUAUGUUAUGAGGAUUAUAAUAAACUUUGUCUCCCCCUCCCCCUCUCCCUCCCUCUCUUGUUUAACCUGGCUUCUUAUCUGGGUAUGAAUCUGUGUUCUGUAGGUGACCUGUAGGUGACUACACUCCAAUGUCAUCUCCUGGCUCAGUGCUUAAUUGCACUUGGCAACCAGCCCUGCUAGAGGAGGAAGGGGAGUGGGCCUGCGGUCACAGAAAGAUGGCAAAGAGAACCUUCACAGGAGUUGUCUCACACACACUUCCUCACACAAAAUCAAAUGAUGAAUUCAUUUAUUUCACCAAAUGCAAAAGAACUCAGGCUUCCCUUGCAAAAUAGCCCACUCAGAGUCCAAGCAAUCUGAGGGACCCGAGGAUUCCAAAGAACUGGUUCAAGAAACCCAGUCAUAGGAAAGUCAGUCUUUGCUUGGAGCCACAGGUGGCAGGCAGCUGGGCUGGCUGACCUGCGUGUUCCUGUGUGCUCCUGGGGGGCUUGACUCCUCAUACCUGGCCAGAGGUGAAGUCCUAGAAUCUAUUUAUUUAUUUUAACCUGGGAAGCAGCCCCAGCGCGCAGCUGUGUGCAGGCUGCCAUCUUCCGCUCCAGUGGCCAGAGCAGGGUAGAAGGCAGAAUGGCUCACAAGUCCCGGUGGUGUCUGGCAUCCAGCUAAUUCAUGGUAAGGGUGAGCUUCAGUUCUAAGGUCUUAUUUAUUUGUUUACUAUAGAAAGGCCUUUGUGUAAGGCCUUCUGGGAGCCUGUGUCUGUUUCUGAUCUUCACCCAGCUCCCAGGGCUUUCAUUUCCUCACUUCCCUUUUAGGGACUCCACAGCCACCCUGUGAGGACCUCUCCUGAAGACUGAGCCUGUCCCCAGGAGUCCGUCUGUGACCUGAGAAUGUGCUUCACCGGCUCUGGUUCGGCUGCUCAGUUCUCAGUGUCAAGUGUAAUGGGGGCUGGGCCCGGCACCUUCUAGGACAGGGUCAUCACCAUUACAUUCAGUCAAAAUGUAUUUGGUUACAGGGGACGGAGGAUUGCUGUGAUUUAUUUUGUUCUCCAAAUUACAAAGUCUCCUAGUCUUUGGUAAAGUCCUCUAUAACACUUGUCAGUAGUUGAGCUAUUAAAAAGUUUCAUACCCACACAGAUUUAUUUAUACAAGUAUAUAUGAACAUUUAAUUGAGUAAAAUGUGAAAAUAAUUAAAUGACAGUUUUGAAAUGUCAACCCACUGCAAUUAAUUUAUUUUUCUCUUUAUUCUGACCAUACUUGGUGCCUGCGAGGCCUUUAAAAUACAAUCAUGAUUAUUUAAAUGCUUGAUAAUACCAACAAGGAAAUACAAAGAUCAAAUCCACACGAAGGAUGAGCCAGAUGUCACCUGGUCCAAGAAAGAAAUUAUCCAGCUGUUAGCCUAGUGUAGCAGGAUCCCUGAUGUUAGCACAGACCUUUAUAAGACAGUAUCGCCAUCACUUAAACAAAAGCACUGAGCAUCUACCUUACACGCUGCGCGGUGCUAGGCUCAGUGGAUAUGACAGCUGCUGUGGGAACCUCUGUCCAGCUGAAGAGAUGCACAGAGGGACGACAAGACUAGAUUCCCUGCUCAGCGUUACCACGUUCUGUGUUCACGUUCCAUAGUGAAGUGAUGGCUGUCUUGGACAUGGUAAGAAAGCAAUCCUACCUGUGACUCCCUUUCUGCAUCACUGCCCUCCCCUCUUCCUACGUCUUCCCCCAUCAGCAGAGGAACAUUCCUGAGGCUGGGGACUGAGCAGCCAACACCAGCCAGUCACAAUCGGUAAGCAUCAUCUGGAUGCUGACAACUCUAGAAUUUCUAUCUUCCUCUCAGCUGAUUUAUAUGAGUCUAGAUUUGGUCAACUGGCACCUUGAUGCUGCCUCUGGGGUGACAAACAGACACCUCAAACUUACAGUGUCUUAAACUGAACUGCUCAGUUUCCCCAGAUCUGAUCUCCAUUCCCAACUUCCAGUCCAGCUAGUUCAGUCUCAGACACUGGGACUCAUUCUUGAUUCUCUAUUCCUCAAAUAAAGCCUUCGACAAUGCUUUCAUGACCUUUUCCAGAACAUAUCUAAAUCCACCCACAUUCCUCCAUCACUUGUUCAAGUUACCAUCUUUUACCAGUUCUAUGAUGUUCAUUUCUUUUUUGUUUUUAAUAUUUUUUUAGAUGUCGAUCGACCUUUAUUUUACUCAUUUAUUCAUAUGUGGAGGAUGGAACCCAGUGCCUCACGCAUGCCAGGCAAGUGCUCCACCACUGAGCCCGGCCCCAGCCCCCAUUUCUUAAUCUACCUUCACUCCUGCUGUGUUCUAUCUACUCUCCACAUGGUACACAGAGAAACCUCAAAGACUACAAAUCAUGUAGGCCGCUUUCUUCCUUAGAGCCCUGUAAUGCGUUCCCAAUGUAUGAAAUCCAAGACCUCUAACGUGCCUCCCAGGCCCAAGGCACCUUGCUAUGCUCCAGCCAAACCACUUUGAUUUCAGUAUCUCCAAUGUACCAAGCUCUCCCUUGUAUACACGGAGGGACCUUGGGGGGAAGAUGCAGGAGCCAGGCAUGGUGCCAGAUUCUGAGAGUGAAACUGGAAGGAAGAGUCGUGGUGUUGGGGAGAACCUACCCACUGCUCUACAGGGUCUCCAUUUGAGCCACCCAGGAAGGGAGGCCACUCUGACGAGGGUCAUCAGCUCUAACAUUCAGAAAAUUCUGCCACUAAUGAAUCGGGCUUCUUGGGACUUUUGCCUUGGACAUCGGUAUUGAUUCUGCCCUUAGAUGUACACACAAAAUAAGGGAGUCCUUAUUCACAUGGCAGCCUUUCAGAUAGCUGGCCAUGGUCAGCAUGUCCCUCCAAGUUGUCUGUCCGCCAGGCCAACGCCCCAGUCCACCGUCACGACCCGUGAGAUCCUGUCUGAGUUCCCAGGCUCCCUCAUAGUUUGGUCUUAUUUUGUCACAGCUAGACCUACUUUAAAGGAGCAGCAGAGGAUACUCGGUGCCUGAUCUCAUCUCUCUGAUCUCACACAGUGAGACUAUCAUGUCCUUUUAUCCAAACACAGUUUUACUGAUACCGAAAGUUUACCUUUUUUUUUUCCUUCUGCUAUAUGGUUGCAUUGAAAUUUUAGGAAAAGAAAACCCCAAGAUCUUUUUAAUAUAAAACUAUUUUUACUCCCAAUCUUAUAUUUUCUUUGGCUUUUUUAAGCCUGUAUUCAGAAUUACAGUUAUUCCUAUUUUAUUUCAAUAUUUAUUUUGAUCUGCUAUUCCUUAGAAACUCUUCUAACAUUCUUUAUAUUGAUUCUAUUUUUUUAUAAAAAGCAAAGCUGUUAUGAUUUUCAUCCACGUGAUGAAAGAGCCCAGAAUAAAGUCCUAAAGUUCUAAUUGUGAAGCUUUAUAGAGGUACCUUUUCUCAUUCUUUUUUAUUAUUAUUAUCAUCAUCAUCAUCAUUAUUGUUGUUGUUGUAAAAAAAAAAAACACCUAGCAUAAAAUAGAUUAUUUUAACCAUUUCAAAGUGCACAUGAAGAUGCUGUGGCGUUAGUACACUCACAUUGUUACACGACGGUCACUACCAUCCAUCUCCGGAACUUUUCCAUAAGGCAAACUGGGAAUUCCGUACACAUCUAACAACCUCCCUCUCUUUCCUCCCCAGACCUGGACACCACCUUCCUACCAUCUGACCCUAUGAAUCUGAGUGAAAUCAUACACUACUUGUCCUUUUGUGUCUGAUUGAUUCACUUAUAAUGUUUUUAAGUUCAUCCACAUGGCAGAUGUGUUCCCAUUUUAAGGCUAAAUAAUAUUUCAUUAUAUGUAUGUAUGUAUUUUGUUUAUCCAUUCAUCAUUGACAUGGUGUUUAUGUUAAUUUCUUCAUUUGACGCCCAUGAAUGACGUUGUGGGCACACAAAUAUCCGAGUCCCUCUUUUACUUCUUUGGGGUAUAUACCCAGAAGUACUAGGUUAUAUGGGAACUUUAUGUCUAAUUUUGUUAAGGAAUUGCACACUGUUUUCCAUAGUGGCUGUACCAUUUUACUUUGCUCCCGGGAAUGGACUAGGAUUCUUAUCUGUCAACAUUCUUAUUAAUACUGGUUAUUUUUGUGGGGUUUUUUUUUUUUUGGAAGGGAGAGGGUGUUACUUGUUUUGUUUUAAGCAAAGUCCUAACGAAAGCUUUUAUUCCAAGGGCAUGAAGUAGUCUCUCAUUGUGAUUUUGGUUUGAAUUUCCCUGAUAAAUAAUGAUGUUGAGUAUCUUCUCCAUAUAUUUACUUGCCACCUUUAUGUCUUCACUGGAGAAAUAUCUGUUAAAGUCCUUUGCCCAUUUUUUGAUUGAGAUAAAUUUUUGUUAUUGUUGGAUUGUAGGAGUUCUUUAUAUAUUCUGAAUAUCAAUCCCUUAUCAGACAUGUAAUCUGAAAAAAUUGUCUCACAUUCA